AUGAAUUCAUCACCAAGUUCACAAUUGAAAGAAAAUGCACUUGAUGUUAUACGACUUUUUCGUGUACCAGAUUUACAAGCUAUACUUGAAUAUGCUCGUCUUUCACGUCAAGGCAAUAAACGUGAAUUGUUUGAACGCUGUAGAAUUGUUAUAUGCUCAAAAUUAACUCCACAAUUAAUCAAUAGAAUUAAUCAAAUAAAUUUAGCCCGAAUUAAUUCAACGCGGCCACUUCAUCCACUGCUAUCUUAUCCUGUCCAAUCUGGAGUACGUGACUAUCGCAAUCAAAAUCCAAUCGUUCAACCGCCGAAACCACCGGUUGACCAUUUGCCAGCACCAGAUCUUGUGCAGAAUACUGAUUUACCUUUUUUCGAAAGAAUACGUAAUAUUGAUUCCAUAAAUAUUCCGGUUGAUUGGAAUUCAUUUGCUCCUCUACACUUUAUCUUAAGUGAUUACGAAAUUAAUUUUAUACAUAAAGGUUUUGCUAAAGUCUUUCUUCGCAUUUUACCGACUAUUGUAUCCGAAAAACAAAAUGAUGUUUUACCACCUUAUCUAUUCGUUCAACUCAACGGUCAUACAGUGAUUAAUAAUAAUAUAGCGAAAACAUCUGGUUCACAAGCGCAUUCACUUUUAUUUCCUACGGAUAUAACCGAUAGAUUAAUUCUAAAAUCAAACGUACAGAAUACUCUAAGUUAUCUUUGGAUUCAACUACCAUCGAGUAUUACAUUGAGAAAUUUACCCAGAUCUUAUACAUUAAAAAUUCAACUUGUUCGUCAUGUACCGUUAAAUUUUCUAAUCGAUAAUACUCCAGAUCAUGAACCAACAUCACAACCCAACCAUCAUAAUGAUAGUGAUAUUGAAAUUGAAGAUGCAGGUCUUGUGGCAACAAAACAUCGUGUAUCAUUAAUUUGUCCAAUAACACAAGCGUUAAUUGUUGUACCAGCUAAAUCAUCACUUUGUUUACAUUUAACAUGUUUCGAUCUACGGUCAUUUCUUCAAAUGAAUGAACGACGUUUACAAUGGACGUGUCCUUUAUGCAAAAAACCGGCUUUAUAUCAAAAUCUACGUGUUGAUAAACGUUUACAAACUAUUAUUUCGAAUAUACCACCGAACUGUUCAACUGUUGAAAUUGAUUCAUCAUCGGAAAGUUUAUCUGAUUGCUAUUAUAUAUUGGACACUGUGAAACAAGAACGAUCUAAUAGUGCUCUUGAUAAUUCACCGCAUCAAAACGAUCACGAUGACGAAGAAUCAACGGAUAACAAUACUCUCAAUAAACCACGUCGUGAAUCAGUUACAAGCGACUGCGUUGUUCUUUCGUCCGGUAGUGAAAGUGAACUAGAAGAAAAUAAUGCUCAAAGUGUUACUUCAUCGCUUCCGGCUACUCCACCUACAAAUAAUUUGCUUAACCAAGAUGAUCUUAAUGAUGAAAGGUCACGAACUAAUAGUAAGAAUCGAUCAUCUACGAGUGAACAUUCAUUACAAUCUUUUCCGGGAUCAAAUAUUGAUGAUGACAGUUAUUGGCAUGAUUUAGCAAAAAUUACAAGAGAUUUUCCAUUAGAUAAUAAUCAAGAGAAUCUCAGUCGAAAACGAAGUAGCAGUUCAAUGUUAUCAUUUUUCUCCAACGACGAUGAUCGUCGUCAACGAAAACGUCCUCGACGAUCGCCUAGUAAUAAAUCGAAACCAGCUGACAUUGAAGUCAUAGUUCUUUCAUCAAGUGACAGCAGUGAUAAUGAUGAUGAUCAUUUAUCUUGA